CAUUUCACAACACGUCGCAAGGGAGUGUAGUUUCUUCUAUUCGGGAUUCCCCGUCAGCGACAAUGAACUUGAAAUUGUUACGGCAUGUGUAACAGCAACUAUUGAAGUCUGUACAUACAUUUGACUCCUCUUGGGCUGAGGCUUAGUAGUAGAUUGGAAGAUAUGUCUCUUCCAAGGCUAACAGGCUCAAUUCGUGCCUUCUCGGAUGUGACAGCAGAGGUUACAGACAGCUCAAGCCUUGGCAAUGUCAGCUUGCAGAAGAAGCAGUCCCUGAGGUCAGAGCGACAGGCCAGGCAAGGCCUGACGUGGACCAAGCUAAGUCAUGAGAUCCAAACACACUGUGGCCAUCACAAGGCUGAAGUAUCCAGCAAACUCCACGAGUUGAUUCAUGUCACACGAGAAAUGGUCGGAAGCGAUGCCCCUAUGGCCCUCGUCGAGUCCACUGCCGUCCUUCUCUUCACCAAGCUCAAGGACGGCGAGGAGCUGACCCACCGCCGAACCGCCGAGCUCCAUGCGGCCAUCGGCCCCUUCCCAUCCACCACAGGAGUCCGGGCCCACAAGGCCAUCUGUUCUCUGGUGGGCCUGCUUCCCCUGGGUGCGGGGGAGGACCUGGACAGGUUGAUGGCAGGGGAAGAGUCUGAGAUGGAGGAAUUUGGACAAAAGAUCUCAUUCUCCUUCACCCCAAGGAACUUGGAUGUGGGAGACGACAGUUCGGAAUCGGAAGAGGAAACAGAAGAACCGAUCCUGAAAUUUGGUUACAGUGCUGCUGUAGCAGCCCGUCCGAGUGGCAAGCAUCAAGAAACCAAUGCCAACAAGAAGUCCAUGAAUCUGGGAUGGCUGAGGAAGCAGAUCGAGGACCAGUUUGGGCGGGGUGGCACCCCAUUGGGGAUGAGCAUCGACUCGCUGGUUGCAAAGCUUCUCGGCGAUCUGACGUCAGGAAAGAGCAAUGAUGAACUUCAGAAUGAGUUGUUUGACUUGUUGGGGUUUGAUUGUUUUGAGCUGAUUGAAAGACUACUGACGAACCGUUCACAACUAGUGCAAGCAGCCAGCCGCAACCAAAUGUCACAGAUAAUCGCAGAGGGCAAGAAAGAACGUCAGGCCAGGAAUGUUUACGGAAGUCAGGUGAUCAUUCAGUCAGAGCAAGAGAAGGAGCUGAACAAACAGCUAAGGAAGGAAGAGAAGAGACUAGCCAGACAGGAGGCUAGGGGAAACAGUGCCCCAGGGGAGGGGAUCAGCAAUGAACCUUUCUUUGACCCACAGUACCUCAGGAUGCAGAGGGAGCGUGCAUUAAUGAACGCCAGCGUGGCGCCUAUACUAACCAAGCGGACGUCGGGUGCCCCAAAGGCUGCCUAUCCCAAUGUAUAUGACGCCCUGGCCGAAGCCCAGAAAACGUCAGCAUUUGCAGGAGCAGCGAAGGUGAUGUUACCCGAAGGAUUUGAGCGGAAGAACAUCAAGAUGUAUGAGGAAGUGACAAUACCACCGUCCCAAGCUGCCCCAACCUCUGUGGGACAGCACCGCGUGGCCAUCUCAGACCUGGACGAAAUUGGUCAGACCGCCUUCCGUGAGACGCACCGUCUCAACCGCAUCCAGUCCGUGGUCUUUGACACGGCCUACCACAGCAACGACAACCUCUUGAUUUGUGCGCCCACCGGGGCAGGAAAGACCAACAUAGCCAUGCUGACUAUCUUGCAUGAACUAAAGCAGCACCUCGACCAGGGAGUCAUCAAGAAGGAUGAGUUUAAGAUCAUCUACGUAGCCCCAAUGAAAGCCCUGGCAGCAGAAAUGGUCAGGAACUUUGGGGGUCGGCUGGCCCCCCUUGGUAUCGCUGUGAAGGAGCUGACAGGCGACAUGCAGCUCACAAAGUCAGAGAUUGCCAAAACACAGAUGCUUGUAUCGACACCAGAGAAGUGGGACGUGGUGACCAGGAAGAGCACUGGAGACAUUGCCCUGACGCAGCUGGUGAAGCUUCUGAUUAUUGACGAGGUGCACCUGCUUCAUGAGGACAGAGGCGCUGUCAUUGAAAGCCUGGUGGCUCGGACACUGAGACAGGUCGAGUCUUCACAAAGCAUGAUCCGUAUCGUUGGCCUGUCUGCCACCUUACCCAACUACAUCGACGUGUCACGUUUCCUGAACGUCAACCCCUAUGUAGGCCUCUUCUUUUUUGAUGGACGGUUCCGCCCUGUGCCCUUGGGCCAGACGUUCAUUGGCAUCAAGGCCACGAACGUCUUCCAGCAAAGACAAGACAUGGACUAUGUAUGCUAUGAGAAAGCUCGAGCGAUGAUCAUCGAAGGUCACCAGGUCAUGGUGUUUGUACACGCUCGCAAUGCCACCGUCACCACAGCGCAGUCACUCCGCGACAUCGCCAAGGCACAGGGAGACAGUCUGAUGUUCCGGCCGGACCAGACUUCGGCUUUUGGAAGUGCCGAAAAGCAGGUUUCCAAAUCUCGCAACAAGCAGCUGAGAGAGCUGUUCCCUGACGGCUUCUCCAUCCAUCAUGCUGGCAUGCUGAGGCAGGACCGUACCCUGGUGGAGAGGUGCUUCCGAGAGGGUCACAUCAGGGUGCUGGUGUGCACGGCUACACUAGCCUGGGGUGUCAACCUGCCGGCUCAUGCCGUCAUUAUCAAGGGCACCCAACUGUAUGAUGCCAACAAGGGUGCGUUCCGGGACCUAGGCAUCCUGGACGUCAUGCAGAUCUUCGGCCGGGCCGGCCGGCCGCAGUAUGAUGACCACGGGGAGGGCAUCAUUAUCACCAGCCAUGACAAGCUGACCCACUACCUGUCGCUGAUGACCAGACAGAACCCCAUUGAGAGCCAGUUCAUUGAGAGCCUGGAGGACAAUCUCAACGCGGAGAUUGCUCUCGGCACCGUCAGCAAUGUGGAGGAGGCCGUGCGAUGGCUGAGCUACACCUACCUCUAUGUCAGGAUGCAUCUGAACCCACUAGCCUAUGGCAUCAACUACAAGAGCAAGGAGAAUGACCCUAGUCUUGAGAUCUACCGCAAGGAGCUUAUUGUCAAGGCCGGCCGGGCACUGGACAAGGCCCAAAUGAUCCGUUUCGACCAGGCUGCGGGUGACUUCCACUCUACAGACCUGGGCCGCAUUGCCAGCCAUUUCUACAUCAAGUACGCCACCAUCGAGACCUUCAAUCAACACCUGAAACCGCUGAUGACGGAAUCAGGCGUCUUCAGCAUGGUCUCUCAGGCACAGGAAUUCCAACAGAUUAAGGUUCGUGAGGAUGAAAUCAAGGAGCUGGAAUCCCACCAUUCAGAUGGGAGUUGCUGUAUGCCCGCAGUGGGAGGGGUUGAGAACGCCCACGGUAAGGUCAACAUCCUCCUGCAGACCUACAUCUCGCGAGGAUUUGUGGAUAGCUUCUCCCUAGUGUCGGAUCUGGCCUACGUGGCCCAGAAUUCAGCCCGCAUCAUUCGAGCCCUCUUUGAGAUCACGCUGCGCAAGGGCUGGCCCCUGAUGGCCUCUCAGCUCUUGACCCUGUCCAAGAUGGUGGACCGCCGCCUCUGGUCCUUUGAGAGUCCCCUGCGUCAGUUCCCUCAGCUGUCUCAAGAGGUUCAACGCAAGCUCGAGAACCGCAAGCUGACCAUCGACAAGCUGCGGGAGAUGCGUGCCUCCGAGAUUGGUCACCUCAUCCAUCAUGUGGCCAUGGGCGACAAGGUCAAGCAAUGCGUCAACCAGCUGCCUUGCAUUGAGCUUGAGGCCACCAUUCAGCCAAUCACACGCACCAUCCUGCGUGUCCGACUGACCAUCACCCCGGCCUUCCGGUGGAGUGACCGUGUCCACGGCACGGCCUCAGAGUCCUGGUGGAUCUGGGUGGAGGACCCUGACAACAAUCACAUCUACCACUCGGAGUACUUCCUUCUCCAUAAGAAACAGGUUUUGUCCCGAGAGCCUCAAGGUCUAGUGUUCACCAUCCCAAUCUUUGAGCCUUUGCCCAGCCAGUAUUACAUCAAGGCCAUGUCGGAUCGCUGGCUGGGAUCCGAGACCAUCUUUCCCAUCUCCUUCCAGCAUCUCAUCCUGCCAGAGAGACACCCGCCUCACACAUCUCUUCUUGAUCUAAUACCGUUGCCCAUCACUGCGCUAGGCAGGCCAGAAUACGAGACCCUUUACAGUUUUACCCACUUCAACCCUAUUCAGACCCAGAUAUUCCAUACUCUGUAUCACACAAACCAAAAUGUCCUUCUUGGAGCUCCAACUGGCUCAGGCAAGACCAUAGCGGCUGAAAUUGCCAUGUUUAGAGUCUUCAAUGAACAGCCAGGCAUGAAGGUGGUCUACAUUGCUCCAUUGAAGGCUCUUGUCAGAGAGAGAAUUGAUGACUGGAAGGUUCGACUUCAGCAGAAAUUGGGCAAGAAUGUCAUUGAACUGACAGGAGACGUGAUGCCAGACAUCAAGGCCAUCGGCGGUGCAGAUGUAAUCGUCACCACCCCGGAGAAAUGGGAUGGUGUCAGUCGGAGCUGGCAGACCAGAAAAUAUGUCAAGGCCGUGUCGUUAUUGGUGAUUGACGAGAUCCACUUGUUGGGGGAUGAGCGUGGUCCUGUCCUAGAGGUCAUCGUCUCCAGGACCAACUUCAUCUCGUCUCACACAGAGAAACCCCUACGAGUUAUCGGCUUGUCCACAGCGCUUGCUAAUGCUAGAGACCUGGCAGACUGGCUGGGAAUCAAACAGAACGGCCUCUUCAACUUCCGUCCGUCAGUGCGUCCUGUGCCACUAGAGGUCCACAUUCAGGGCUUUCCGGGGAAACAUUACUGCCCACGGAUGGCCACCAUGAAUAAGCCCACAUUCCAAGCAAUACGAACCCACUCUCCUACCAAGCCUACUCUGAUCUUCGUCUCUUCAAGACGACAGACCCGACUGACAGCUCUUGACCUGAUCGCAUUCCUUGCUGCAGAGGACAACCCCAAACAGUGGCUUCACAUCGAAGAAGCGGAGAUUGAGAACAUCAUCAGUGGCAUCAAGGACACCAACCUCAAGUUGUGUCUAGCCUUCGGUAUAGGUAUGCACCACGCUGGCCUCCACGAGAGAGAUCGUAGGACUGUGGAGGAGCUCUUUGUCAACCAGAAGAUACAGGUUUUGAUAGCCACCAGCACCCUGGCUUGGGGAGUCAACUUUCCCGCCCAUCUUGUGGUGAUCAAGGGGACAGAGUUCUUUGACGGCAAAACCAAGCGAUACGUCGACUUCCCCAUCACAGAUGUUCUGCAGAUGAUGGGCAGAGCUGGGCGACCCCAGUUUGACGACCAAGGCACGGCCGUCAUCUUUGUCCAGGACAUCAAGAAGCACUUCUACAAGAAGUUCCUGUACGAGCCAUUCCCCGUCGAGUCCAAUUUGCUAGACGUGCUGGCUGAGCAUCUCAACGCAGAGAUUGUCGCCGGUACCAUCUCCUCCAAGCAAGACGCCAUGGACUACAUCACCUGGACAUAUUUCUUCCGAAGGCUUGUCAUGAAUCCCAGUUACUACAAGUUGGAGGAGACAGACCACACCAGCAUCAACAAGUACCUCUCCUUCCUUGUGGAGAGAUCUCUGCUGGAACUGGAGAACUGUUACUGCCUGGCUAUCGGCGAGGAUAACCGUAGCAUCGAGCCCCUGACCCUGGGUCGUAUCUGCUCUUUCUACUACCUGCAUCACCAGUCAGUCCGCAUGUUCAGAGAUACUCUUGGGCCUGACACCAGUUUGAUUGACCUCAUCACAAUUCUCUCUGACGCCCAUGAGUAUGAGAUGCUUCCUGUCAGACACAAUGAAGACGGAAUCAACAGUGACCUGGCUAAGAAGCUCCCAUUAGAGGUCAACCCUCACUCCUUCGACAGCCCUCACACCAAGACACACCUUCUGCUGCAGGCCCACUACGAGAGGCAACCCUUACCUUCCAGCGACUAUGCCACGGAUCUGAAAUCAGUGCUGGACCAGUCCAUACGAAUCAUGCAAGCAAUGAUUGAUGUUUCAGCUGAUCAGGGCUGGCUGGCCACAGCCCUGCGAAUCAUGAACCUGGUGCAGAUGACGCUGCAAGGACGUUGGCUGCAUGACAGCGCUUUACUAACCCUGCCGCACGUAGAGCACAACAUCCUUCACUGUUUCAAACCUCCUUCCAAAGGGAAGAGAUCUGCCCCAAUCCAAAGCUUGCCAGAGCUCCUUGCAGUGUGUCGAGGAAAUAGAUCUAUCCUGCAGAAGAUGUUGACCCCAGAAGUCUCCGAUGGACACCUUGAAGAUAUAUGGAAUGUUCUGCAGAGGCUGCCGGUGAUUGAACCCAAGCUGAGCGUCCGUGGCUGGUGGGCCGACGGAGGAGAGGAGGAAGACAGGCUCCUACCAACCACGUACAUCACUGGCGUUCCAAAAGACAGCGACUACCUCCCUGUCCAUGCCGACCAGGAAUAUGUGCUACAGGUUGACCUAAGGAGACUGUACAGACAACGUCAGCAUGACACCAAGUGCCAUGCCCCCCGCUUCCCCAAGUCCAAACACGAGGGUUGGUUCAUCGUCCUGGGAGACCUUGAGAGCAAAGAGCUGCUGGCCUUGAAGCGGAUCGGUUACGUCAGCUCACGCAAUGUAGUACAGCUGGCUUUCUACACCCCAGAGACCGUAGGUCGUGUUAUCUAUGCUUUGUAUAUCAUGAGUGACUGCUACUUGGGCAUGGAUCAACAAUACAGUGUGUGCCUCGAUGUACAAGAGGCUGACAUCACUGCACAGUUCAACACUGAGGUGAUGCUGGAAGACGGGGAACUAGACGAACUGGUGGAGCACUACCAAGAAUGAAUUCAAAGCUCUGGCGACUGUUCUACUUACUACCAACCACAUUUACACAGUAGUAGUAGAAGACAAGGUGCAAGACCAGUUGAUGCUUGGCUGUGCAGAUCCAGUCUGUUUAGGACCACCAAAUAACUGCUGGGUACCAGUUGUCUCAUGGUUACUGUCAAAAUGGCAGCUGAAUACAUUAAAGUGACAACAGUGUAAUAAAGAACAUGGUACCAACCAAUGCUACGAAAUGCAAAUAUGAAAUAGAUGCCAUCUUUUCCAUUUUUUUUCUUUCUUGAAUUAAUUCAAGAUUUUUUUUCUCUUUUUGGUUACUAUUUGCUGCUUCCACCCGAACAAAAAAUGCCAAAAUGUGUUUAUCUAAAGGCUUUCUUGUCUAUGUACAGAAAGUUUACUUUCAAAAGUAGAGUUAUUUUCAAAUUGUUCGCAUUCAAGGGUUAUAUUAGUUGAAUACCUGUUGUUGAAAAUAAUAACGAGAAAUUAGAGUUUUGAAAAAUAAAUGGAUGAAUCACUUUUGAGGGAGAAAAGGGGAAUAUUUGGCGAGUUAAGAAAAAUAUUUCAACCACAAAAUGGGCUAAGUAUACUUAGUUUUGGCAGUUUAUUAGGGCUGUGCUGGAUAUCCGAAUAUUCGGUCAAUAACCUAACAUUCCAAUAUUAUCUUCCGAAUUUGAAUAUUUGAAUGCAAAAUUCACGAAAAGGGAGAAUUUCUUUUGUUUUAAAUGAGAAAAAUUGCAUCUU